AUGCCAGUCACCAAAUGUCCAAAAAAGUCAGAGCCACUGUGGAAGGAAUGGGACCAGAAGACUCUUAGGAAUGGACCGCGGCACAAGGUGUAUGCUGUGAAUGGAGAUUAUUAUGUGGGCGAGUGGAAGGACAACCAAAAACAUGGGAAAGGAACACAGGUCUGGAAGAAGAAUGGAGCCAUCUACGAAGGGGACUGGAAAUUGGGGAAGAGAAAUGGCUAUGGCACCCUCAGCCUUCCAGAUCCAGAGACAGGAAAGUACAAGAGAGUCUACUGUGGUUGGUGGAUAGGUGGUAAGAAAUCGGGCUAUGGAAUUCAGUUUUUUGGCCCCAAUGAGUACUAUGAGGGUGAGUGGUGUGACAACCAGCGCAGCGGGUGGGGCCGCAUGUACUACGGCAACGGCGACAUCUACGAGGGCCAGUGGAGCAAGGACAAGCACGAAGGGGAGGGCAUGCUGCGACACAAGAAUGGGAACCGCUUCGAGGGCUUCUGGGAGAGAGGCAUGAAGAAUGGGCCUGGGCGUUUCUUUCACCUGGAUCAUGGCCAGCUGUUCGAAGGCUUCUGGGUGGAUGAUGUGGCUAAGUGUGGCACCAUGAUCGACUUUGGCCGGGAAGAGGCUCCUGAGCCCACCCAGUUCCCCAUUCCUGAGAUCAAACUCCUAGAUCCUGACGGUGUGCUGGAGGAAGCCUUGGCUACGUUUAAGAAGACAGAGGAAGAACAAUGA